AUGGAAUUUAGUAAUAUUGAUAAGGAUUUUUACGAAAAUACUAAGGAAAUUAGAUACUCUGAAACUAUUACUCCAGAAGAAGGAAUGAAGAAAUUCCAAAAAUAUACAAGUACAUGUAGAGAUGUAUAUGCUUUUGAAAAAUUAGUAUCCAAGAUAUUCGCAGAAAUUGAAGAAAGCUGCAAGAAGAAUAACGUUCCUAACGAAGUUAACUAUCAAUCUUUUUUGAAAUUACCAGCCAUCAAAUUUUGGAUGUCAAAGGCACUUGAAAGUGAACCUCAAUCAAGAGCUACCUUUGCCAGCUUUUUAAAACUGAAACUUUUUGAACAAGAUCCACUCUGUAGCAUUAUGCUAUUCUUUGAUGAUAUGAGAUUGAAAAAGGCAUCUGAAAAGGAAUCUUUCUUUAAGGAACUCAAGAGCCAAGUUAACAAAUUGUCUCUUUCACUUUUUAAAAAGAGAAUUUUGCCAAGAAUGACAACUCUUCCGUUCGUUACAGAGCCUGCCUCAGGUACCUUUUUGGCUCACUUGUUCUCAGCUAAAGAGUCAUCCAAGAGAGGAAUUGAUGGUAUCUUAUCUGGCAAGGAUUACGAUGAGCACAUUCUUACUUUUAUUCGUAAAUGUUAUAUUAGUAAGAAUUAUAGUUUAAGAAUUAGGAUACUUCAAACCUUGGAAUAUUAUCAAAAUCAAAUUCCUCCUAGUGUAGCCAUUUCAGAAGUUAUUCCAGAAAUAAUGAAGGCCAUCAAAGACUCUAGUAAUGAACUUGUCAUGUUCACUAUGAAUGCCUGUGUAGCCUUCUCCAAGUACCUUUCCAAACUUGAUCAAUCUACUCAAUCCACCACUGGAAUAGAAAUUAUUAAUAAUCAAUUCCUUCCUUCCCUUCAUCAUUAUGCUGUACAAAACUCAUUCCCUAGAAUUGGCCAAGAAGUUGAUAAGGAAAAAGCCAUUGAAAGUGUUAUUGCUUUGAGAUCUCAUGCUCUUUUAUGCCUUUUGGAAUUAUGGAAUUUACCUGGAGCCAAUAAGGGAAUAAUUUUAACAGCUUUACACUCUAACUUGUUUGAUAAGGAUAUUUCAGAACUCAAAGUACACGCUUUGAAUGUAAUUUUAAUUCACAUGUCGAGAUUUGAUCCAAGAGAACUCAUGACCUAUGUAAUGAAACCUGUACUUCCAUUAACUCUCCAUGAAAAGGAACAAGUCAGAUCAAAAGCUACCCAAGUAAUGAAAGUUGCAUUAGAGUACUUGUCAGAAUCUGAUCUUUCCCGAUGUAAUUUAGGAAUGAUUACCUCAGCAAAUGAUGGUAUUACAAAUGUUACACCAUUCUUCCCUCCACAAUCUCAAAAAGAACUUGUUCGAGUUGAAAUCUUCUCUGGUCAAUCUCCAAAACAUGUAAUCCAAUUCUCUGAAAGUGAUCAACAAUCAAAAUCUUCAAUAGAUGAAGGUGGACGUUCUACUGAAAAUACUCCACCGUCUUCCCCAGCAGUUGUCAAGAAAGAAUUCAAUCCUCAACCACAAGAGAAGACACCUGAAGCUCAAGUAGAAUCUCAACAACAAUCAAGACUACAAUUAAUCAAAACAGCAUCCAACAAGUCUAUUGAAGCUGUAGCUCAACAGACUCAAUCCCAUUCUAGUCCAGCCCACAGCGAAGACGAGGAAUGGAAGAAUUGGUCAGAUGAUGAAGAAAAGUCUGUUCAAGUUGUUGAAACAGUUAAAGCUAUUCCACAAGAAACAACAAUUGUGCAAAACAACCCUCAACCAUCUCCAAGUUCAGCCAGCUCCUCCCAAAAGAAGAAGAAGGGUCUUGGAUUUGAUAGUAUGGAAGAUGAUUCAUACACACCACACGAUGAGGAAGAAGAUUUCUUCAAAGAUUUCUCAAAGGAACAAGAAAGCACACCUAAAACUGUCCAAACUUCACCAAAACCAACUGCUGGAACAACAAAAACAACAGCUAGCCCAUCAUCAAGAGGUGGUAAAAGAAAACCUCCAAAAUCAAAGAUUACACAGAGUCAAGUGAAACCAGAACCAACUCUGCCAACUGCACCACAAGAAGAAGAACCUCCAAAAGAAAGUAAUCUUUCAAAGAUACUGCAAGAGGAAGAAAAUGUCGAAAACUCAAAUUGGGAUGAAAUAGACAUGUUCUCUGAAAUGGAUAUCAAAAAUUAAAGACCUCAAGCUGCUGAGGAUAUUUUGUCAUAUUCUUUCCGAAUUUAAGAAUAAGAAAUAAUAUGAAUCUAUUUAUCUUCC